UACGAAGAACAUGAUAACAUUAAUAGCAGAAACCUUUCCGCCCCCAUCAAUCACAUACAUCACUCAUCACGUGUCUAACCUCAACCUUGAUGGUUGCGAGACACUUAAUCGUCGGUGUUCGCACCGACGAUUACCUCAUUCUUGGCAGCUUACCACAACUACUACUGCGUCAUUUACCCGUCCCCUCAUACGACAAAACUCAAGAGGGCCCUCUCUAACCCAACUCCAUCUCAAUUACAAUUGCAGUUCCAAUUAUCAGACCAGACCCCAAAUCCACAAUCAUGAAAGUCGCCUUCUUCAGCACUAAACACUAUGACGAGGAAGCAUUCAACAAAGUCAAUGCAAGCCUCGGCUCUCCACUGGAGAUAACAUAUCUCCAGCCCUCGCUGACCAUCAAAACCGCCGCGUUGGCGAAGGGGCAUAAAGCCGUUUCACUGUUCGUGAAUGAUACUGCUGAUGCAGAGGUUGGCUCUCUCUCUCUCUCUCUCACGCGCUGUCUUGGGGGGGGGGGGCGAGAUAUUAAUUGUGAUCUGUCUGUAGGUUUUGAAAGCUUUGGCGGAGUUGGGGGUUGAGAUUCUUGCACUGCGCGUAAGCCCCCCCAAUUUCUUUUCACCAGACAUCCGUCCGACGUCAGAUGGCGGAUGUCAGAUGUUAGAUGUCGGCGUCAACAAGUUAUCAUCCUAACACCCCCCCCCCCCAGUGCGCAGGCACAGACAACGUCGACCUCCCCACCGCCCGCACCCUCUCCAUAACUACCCUCAACGUCCCCUCCUACUCCCCCCACGCCGUCGCCGAAUUCACCAUCGGGCUUCUCCUCACCUUGGUGCGCAAAUACCACAAAUCAUUCAACCGCACGCGCGAGGGGAAUUUCUCCCUCUCCGGGCUGGUGGGGUUCAAUCUCCACGGUAAGACUGUUGGGAUUAUUGGGACGGGGCAGAUCGGGUUGUUGGUUGGGAAGAUUCUGAGUAGGGGGUUUGGAUGCAAUGUUAUUGCGUAUGACCUCUACCCUAACGAGGAGAAGGCACAGGAGUAUGGGAUUACCUAUAAAUCCCGUGAUGAGGUUUUGAAAGAAGCAGACAUCCUCACCCUCCACUGCCCGCGCACGCCGUCGUCACAUCACCUGUUGAACAAAGAAACCCUCGCCCUAACCAAGCGCGGCGUCGUCAUAAUCAACACCUCCCGCGGCGGUCUCAUCGACACCAAAUCCCUCAUCCGCUCCCUCAAGACCGGCCACAUCGGCGCCCUCGGCCUCGACGUCUACGAGGGCGAAAAGGAGUAUUUCUUCAAAGACGGGAGCGGGGGAGUCAUCCAAGACGAUGAUCUCACGAGGUUGAUGAGCUUUUAUAAUGUGGUUAUUAGUGGACAUCAGGCGUUCUUGAGUAAGGAGGCGCUGGAGGCGAUUGCGAAGACGAGUGUGGGGGAUGUAGUGAGGGUGGGGAGGGGGGAGGUGGUGGAGAGGAGGGUGGGUGGGGGGGAUAAGUAG